AAACCAUAUUAGCACAAAACCAAAUAAAUGGCAGCUCGCUCGUGCGGGGAGAGUGCAGGCUGCAGGGCAGUUAAAUUUCUCGUCCAGGCCAGGGAUGUGAGGUGUUGGCUGUUGUUUCUGCACAGACACACACCUCUGGAUGCUUUUGUGCGCUGAAAUCAACUUAACCAAUGGAAGCGAGUCCCAUCGUGACGUCCAAGCAGCGAGAGGAGGUGGUACACGGGGUCCCGACGGAGGUGGUGUGCACGGCGUUCUCCAACUCCGUCCUCGUGGUAGUCACACAGUACGGCAAGAUGGGGACAAUCGUCUAUGUGGACCCCAACACAAUCGGCAAUAAUGUGGGCAGGCCCUCAAUCACCACCAAGGUGCUACUGGGCAAGGAUGAGCCCCUCGUCCAUGUUUGCGCCAAAAACCUGGUGGCAUUCGUCUCUCAGGAAGCUGGGAACAAACCUGUUCUUCUCGCCAUGGCUUUAAAGGACAAGACCAUGGAAGGAAUACAAGCUCUACGGGAAGUGAUCCGAAGUUGCCAAGUGUGGUGAAGUUGUGCCAUCUGGAUUCAAGGAAAUGAUGUUGAGUCCGUGACUCAUCACCACUUAUUUAAAAGGACAAGAAAUUAAAAUGAUGGAAUGUCUUUGUGCUGGUUUUGGACUUACUGAGGAAUUUCAUGAAUUUUUCUCUACUGUGUAGAACAUUUGUGGGUUUUGUUACUGUGGCAGGUUUGCAGUCCAUAUAGUCAGUGAUGAGAUGAGAACAAUUGUCUCAACAUACAAGAGAAGUAUUUUUAUCACAUUGGGUGGGAUGUAUAUUUGGGAAAUGGCAUGGCUCUGCAUCUGUGUCCUGAGGAGCAGUAGAUGCCAAGCUCUGUAGCUAUGCUGUACCGCAAAGGGGGAACACCCAGUGCAGACUGAAUAAAAGAAACAUUGACAAAUCUAAUUUUACCUGUUUUCUUUUUUGCUCCGUGAAAAUUGCUUCAAUUGAAAUACAAGCCUCGGUAACAAACCAACAGCAAUUGCAUAAUAGGAAA